GCCCUGAGACACUUUAUCCAUCUGAGAUUCAUGUUAACCCCUAACAAGGAUUCCCUCACAAGUUCCAGUUGGUAUGAAUGACUUGGAAGUUGAAAAUUUCUGAAAGGUUGAAUAUCAAGAUGCUACCACCACCACCACUACUGCAAGUACAGAUAAUGAUGAUGAUGGUGAUGAUGAUGGGGAGGAGAAGAGAGGGUGCAAGAAUAGGACACUUUCUGACACUUCAGCGAUCCUAACAAAAAUACUAAAUAUUAAAAAUAAUUACGAAAUUGUUUACUGAAAGACUAAAAUAACAGGUAGAGAUAUAACGGGUUUGAUUAACAGAAGGAUAUUUUAGAAUGAAGUCAGUGCAAAUACACGCCACUUUAUAUAAACUGUCCAUGAAAUAACACGAUGAGAACACGUACGAAACCAAACAUCUGUCACAGCAAUCAAUAGAGGUGUUUACCGUCGCUACCAUGUUGCUGUCACACGUAGAUAUGCGUAUCCGGGUAUCCUGAGUUGUACAUCACUGCAGCGAGAAUCAUGGAGGUUGUGAGAGUGUGUGCUCUCCUUGUCUGUGUUUUGACCGUCAAAUCCGAUGACCCUCCUGGUCAUCUGAAACCGUUUGGAAGCCACACCGUCCCGCAUGACCUCGAGGUCAUGACAGAGUUCCCAUCACCCCAGAAGUUCUACGAGAAGUUCCAAGGACCUGGGAAACCAGUAAUGUUUAAGUCUGUCCUCAAGGAUGUCGUGUUCCCUCCAUAUCAACUCUGGGAUGAUGACUACCUACGGACAAAAUUCGGCGAAGUCGAGGUGGCGUUUGAAGCAGGAAAGAAGGAGACGAGAAAUGGCGGCAUGGACUCUAAGAGGCUGACGGAGUUCCUGGAAAUAUAUAAAGACCAGGACAUCUACCUCGUUGAGGAUCUUAAGAAGGCCAUGUACGGAGACAUGUAUAUUCCGAGAAGCCUUCAGUGUGGAGGCUAUCAGAACCACAUAGAGACCAUCGUCAUCUGGUUCAGCAGCGGGGGAACAAAGUCCGUCAUCCACAACGACUCGCAGGACAACAUCAACUGUCUACUGGACGGGACAAAGAAUCUGGUGUUCUUCGACCGGAAAUAUAAGGAGUUGAUCGAAGCAGACGGGUUUAAAAUGGACGGAUCGUACAGUCAUGCUGAUGUUGAUAGUGUUGAUAUGUACAAAUACCCCAGGAUUAAAGAAAUUCCGACAUUCAAGGCAGCGAUGGAAGCAGGUGACUGUCUGUAUAUUCCGUAUCAAUGGUAUCAUCAAGUUAAUUCCUUUGGUAGCAGGAACCUUGCUAUAAAUUUCUGGUUGACGCAUCUGCCGUUUUUCAAUGAUUCUGAUUGUCAAAAUGUCGAUUUAAACGAACAAACAGUUCCGUUUGAUAAAUACGGUUUUGUAAAUAAGUUUCGGAAGGAGAAUAUCUUUUUCCUCAGCGAUCUUCUUGAAAUGGCGAAUGUUUCCAGAGAAGCGUUCAUGGAGUCACUUGUGAAACCAGAAGCAGACGACAAGGACGCCAUCUUUGAUUUUGUUGACAGAGAUGGAGAUUCAAGUUUGUCAUGGGACGAACUGUUUCAGAUUGAUGCCAGAGACAUUAUAAAGCGUUAUGGUAGCUCAUUGACGACACUGCCAACUUUCUUUGAUGACAUUCAGGAAGCGUCCUUCGGUCACGAUGAGCUUUAUUUAGAAGACGGAUUUUCAUUUUCAUUCCGAAUGGAUCAGUUUUUAUACGUCACUUCUAUCUUCUUCGUGGCCUCAGCAUCUGAUCUUCCGGGACAUCUUAAACCAUUUGGGUCACAUACAACCCCGGCGGACGUAGAGGUACUAACCGAAUUUCCAGAACCCAAAGACUUCUAUGAAAAGUAUCAGAAAGGAGGUGGUAAGCCUGUUCAUUUCAAAUCCAUCCUGAAAAAUGUUGAUUUCAAGCCUUUCAAAAGAUGGACGGACGACUACAUGAAGGAGAAGUUCGGAGAAGAGAUGGUUCAGGUGGAGAAGUUUAAGAAGGAGAAGAGAGAUGCCGGGAUCAACACGAUGUCGCUCAGCAAGUUUCUCAGCGUGUAUAAAGACAAGGAUAUGUAUAUGGUUCACGAUCUUCUCGAUGACAUGCGUGACGACAUGUCCAUACCUCGUAGCAUCCAAUGUGGCGGCUUCCAGAACGUCAUGGAAACGGUGGUGCUCUGGUUCAGCAGUGGGGGUACCAAGUCAGUGUUACAUUUAGACGAGAUGGAGAACUUCAACUGUCUACUAGACGGAACUAAAGAUCUUGUGAUCGUAGACCGUAAGUUCCAAGCGGAGAUAGAAGACAGCGGUUGGAUGGCUAAAGGUGUGUACAGCAAGAUGGAUGUGGAUAAGGUCGAUAUGAAGAAAUAUCCAAAGGUACAACAGGUUCCGACGUUUAAAGUGUCAAUGGAACCAGGAGACUGUCUGUACAUUCCAUACAAGUGGUACCACCAGGUAAAUUCCUUUGGAAACCGCAAUCUGGCUGUGAACAUAUGGUUCGCACACAUUCCUUGGUUCAACUACACCGACUGUGACAACGUGGCCACGUCGCAUCAGACGGUGCCGUUCAAACAGUUCGGGUUCAUGUCUGAAUUCCGACGGGCAAGUACAACCUUUUUAAGACCUUUAGUUGAUUAUCCCGAAAUGAGCAAAGAUAUAUUCCUCCGAGAAAUUGUACCGAAAGGCGUAGAUAAAGUGGCAAGGGACGCUAUCCUAAACUACAUCGAUGUGGACAAAGACGGAGUCCUGGGCUGGGAUGACCUCUUGAAGUUGGACGUCAUGGCCUUCGUGAAGCAGUUUGAGGAACACCUGGAUGUAGACCCGGAACUAUUUGAAGCCAUGGACGCCAACCCCUAUGGGGGACAUGACGAACUGUGAGUGCAGUAUGGGGCACCAGACACUGGCAGAGACCACCCAUAUGGCUACCUUAACUUUCUAUGUUUUAUAAGUCUAACUGGAGCACCCAAAAUAUUAUAGAUCUUAUAUAUACGACAGAACCCCUUUGGAACUUCUCGGAAUCGAUAGAAUAUGUUCAGAAAAAUGUAAUGAAUCGUCUCCAAAGAAAUAAAAAGGUUAGUUAAUUAUUUUUCGGUCAUCCGCUGGAAAAGGGUGUACCCGCGGAUAUAACCUGAAAAAAAAGAGUUUUAUCCGGCAACUCUUAAUUAAAUGACUCAAUCAACAUGGAAAUAAAUUCUUAAAUCAGUUCACGAUAUUAUUGCCAAAAGCAAAAAAUUCGAAGAGUUGUAAUAAUAUAAAUAUAUUCUGGAUGAAAUAUUAAAAAGUGUUGCACUGUAAUCCUUAAGCUCGGACACCACAUGAUCAAGCUUGCGGUUACAGAUAUUUAAAAAAAAUAAUUGUACGUUUAUAUUUAACAUAAACUUGUUUUAAAUUAUUCACUAACUGAAACCUGUUUUUCCAGGAGCGGUAUUUAUACGAGCAAUGUUUUGGUUUUUACAAAUCCGGAUUUUAUUUAUGAAAUAUAAAUAAGUUGCUUUUAAAUGUGGUCCAAUAAUUUCCAGCUGGCAACGGUUAUCUGUAAACGGAACGUAGGAAUCUGCUGUACUGCAUCUCUCUAUAUUUUAGUUUGUACAUACAACCCUCCCUGCUUAUAAUGCCACCUUUUGUCCAGUGGAAAAUAUGGCAUUAUAUCCAGGGAGGACUAUCUAUUCAUUUCGAACAUAAUCUUUGUAAUUUAAUGUUUGGAAAAACGGCAAUUGCGGAUAUUAUUUCAGAAAAGGACAGUAUCAUUGACAUCAAAUUGAUUUGUUAUUUUAAGAAAGAAAAUGAUUCUCUCUGUGAGGAUAAGCAGUGAAAACAAUUGAGAUCAAUGAAUAUAGCUUGUUGUUUCAGAAGAGGGAAUUAUCUCCAAUAGAUUAACUACAUUGCCAUUUUUACGCGAAAAUACAUUAAAAAUGUCAUUAUAACCAUGUAAUAGGAACGUUUUUCCUGCAAAAUACUGCCAUUGGCAUUAUAACCAGGGGUUUUUGCGCUGCAGAAAUCCGUUCUGAUAAAAAAACAAACCCAUGGCAUUAUAACCUCGGUGGAACGAUGACUGCAAGUUUUCAGUGAUUAUUGAAAUCGCUUUCAUAUGCGAGUCUUUUCUCGGUACAUUAUUCCUUACAAUGAGUUCUGUAUCAGCCUCCCUCGUCUACCGACCAUCUGGGUCGGGAUCGAUGUGAUCAAUAAUGCGCUAUAGCAAGCUAACUGUUGAACAGAUUCGGUAUCCUCUGGAGGGUCAUGACAGUAACAGAUGUGUGGUGCUACACGUGUGACCACACCACCACAUCUGUCCCGUAGCUAGGCAUCUCCUCCCACACCUCACCAGUCGCUACUGCUUGGUAGAACUUCAAUCUGUGACAUCAUAUCACGCCCCUGCCAUAUUGGUAGUUCAAAUAGAGAGCGACUUGGCUUGGACAAUUUGGCAGCCCCAGCCGAUGUGAUUAAAAGCUUUCAAACAUCACACCCUUUCAAUGAUUUGUCAAAUUUUAUGAUCCUUAAAAUUUAAAAGCUUCAAUUCCAUUUUUUACUUCUGAAAUUGAAUGAAAUAUUUUGAUUGUCAUAUUGUUGAUUUCAGGAGCAAU